ACGCCCUGCGCUGCCUGUGCGGAGCCUCGGCCGGGGCGCCUGUCCAGGCUAUGGAGUGUGAGGCACAAUCAAGGCCUCUUCUGCCUUUCCAGCUCCCUGGCAGCCCCAAACGGGCAGCUACACGAGAGAUGCAGGUUCAGACGUCGGAGACUUCCAUGUGGGCUGCAGUGGCUGCGAUCCAGGCUGUAGACAAGACGGUGGAUGCCCACACCGUGCGCUUGUUACGUCUGGAGGGCAGGAUGGGCUCAGCGGAGAAAAAGCUGACAGGAUGUCAGAAGGCCACGGUGGAAAUGGAGAACCAGCUGGAGGGCAAGUGGGCUGCCUUGGGAACCUUGAUGGAGGAAUAUGAGCAGCUGCAGAGGAGGCUGGAGAACAUGGAGAAUCUGCUCAGGAACCGGAACUUCUGGAUCCUGAGGCUGCCCCCGGGCUCCAAGGGAGAAACCCCCAAGGUGCCGAUAACCUUUGACGAUGUCUCGGUCCACUUCAACGAGCAGGAAUGGGGUGACCUGGAUGAGCUGCAGAAGGAUCUCUACAGGGCUGUCAUGAAAAGCAACUAUGAGACUUUGGUCUCUCUGGACUACGCUGUUGCCAAGCCCGAAAUUCUGUCCCGGAUAGAGCAAGGGCAGGAGCUGUGUGAGAGAGGUCCUGGAAUCGCAGUUGGGAGCAGUGUCCCUCUGGACCUUGGCACAGACUCCCCAGUUGCUCCGGUGGACGUUUCCUUGUGGCUUAAGCAAGAGGUCGAGGCACAACCAGGUGGGAACAAUGGGCCCCUCGAGGAGGCGAGAGAGUUCAGUGAUGGCUCACAUAUGGGCUCCCCAAUUGCUGCAACGGGUGCUUCCUCGUGGAUUAAAGAAGAGGUGGAGGAGGUGCGCUUUGAUCCCGGGGACUGCAGCGAAGGCGGUGCCUGCCCCAGUGCUGCCCUGGGGAGGCAGGUGAGAGAAUCUGGUGACAUCUCUCCUUCCUGGACAGAUUAUCAAGCUGUCCCAGAUGAAGACGGACCUAUGGCUGGACCACAGGAAAGCCCAUACGCUCAGGAGCCACUGUUCCUUGGUGAAGGCCCCAGCACUGGUAAGCAGCAGACAGGACUGCCUGGAAUUGGUGCAGCCCCCUUUCUGACUUGGGUGGAUGCUGCUGCUGGCAUGGAACACAGGCUGCGCGAACAACACCGAGGACGUUUUUACGAAAUGAUGGAGGAGAUCCUGGCUACGAAACGUGAGGACAACAACAGUUACAUUAACCGUGACCGAUACAGGACUUUGAUCGAAGAAGUCAAAGAGGCAAAAAGGCUUCGCAGCAAAAAAGGCAAGCAUUAUCGCCGCCUGCGGCGCUUCAACGUCCUGAACAUCGGUGCAGAAGAGAAGCUGGUAGUCCCCAUCUCUCCUGGACACACCGAAGUGGUGUUCUUUGUUCAGUACGAGGAUUUAUUUGAUAUUCUGCAUGAGGCGCAUAUUACAAUUGGCCACGGGGGCCGGACCAGGAUGCUGAAGGAACUUAGUCUGGCUGAGAAUUUGCAGUCAAAUGAAAAUUCGUGUUUGGUGUGGUUUAAUGGAAAGCCAAGGAACAGUCUAAGCCAAAAUUCUGUCGAACAUAAACACUGAAAUUAUGCUCAGCAUGUGGAGAAAAGAGAUCUUCUGAAAGGACAGAGUCUGAAACUGUUUUAAUUCAGGCAUGGAAAGUUCAGCUUAUCAUGCUGGUGUUUAAAGGUUAACCUCUAGAAGCAGCUGCCUUUGCUUGCCAGAAAUGGUCUGGCGUCAUUAAAGAGGCCUUCAGGUAUCUUCUCUAGUCCUUAAGCUUCGUCAAAACAAUAAGAGAAAUCCAUGCUUGUUUUACAUAACCAGCUCUCAUUAACAGAACCUGGCUGCAGAGCACUCCGCAAAUCAAGAAUGAGUUUUUUGAGAAAGCAAUCAUUCCAAAGCUGCUCAGCCUCUUCAGAAGAUGAACGUAUCUUCAUUACUGACUCUUUUUGCAGGGUUUUGUUGUUGUUGUUUUUAAAGUACUGGCCUGAGGCCAUGCAUGAUACACGUCCUUGUCCCCUGCACUCUUGCUUCAGUGGCCACUUUUGAAAACAGAAUUUGCACUUUGGAGGGAGAUCCCAAAGUUCCAUUCUGUGAAUGAUGGCCCCUUGUCCUGGGCCGGUGACUUUCCCCUGAUGGGAAGGGGUCUUGGGCCAGAGGAAGGUGCUGCCAUUUCCGGAGUAGAUCCAACCCAGGGGUUCUUUGAAGGAAGACCCACUGAUUUCAGUUUCCAGGCACAAGGUUUUGGGGCUUUCCCCCCCGAAAUGCUGAAUUGGAUCAUGAAAAUCCUCUAAAAAUACAAAUGUUCAUUCUUCUGUCGUCGUUACCCGUGUUGUUUCGCUUCUUUGGCCUUGUUGUUUCAGGGUCAUUUUUUGGAUUCUCAUUUCAUAGAUGAAAUCCUGCCCUGUAGCCAGUCAGUCGGCUAUGUGCCGGCAUCACUGAGAGCCAGUGAAACCGCGUCAGAAUGAGGGCAUUGUAUUGUCGAAGGCUUUCACGGCCGGAGAACGAUGGUUGUUGUGGG